GUGGGCUCGAGUCGAGUUCCGGGUGCGAGGCGGCCACUGAGGUGGGGAGAGCGCACCGCUGCCAGCGGCUGGAAGCCGGUGAGGCCGAAGAUGUUCCGAAUCGAGGGCCUCGCGCCGAAGCUGGACCCGGAGGAGAUGAAACGGAAGAUGCGCGAGGAUGUGAUAUCCUCCAUACGGAACUUCCUCAUCUACGUGGCCCUGCUGCGAGUCAUGCUGUGUGCUGUUGACUGCUGUGGAUGGGCAGGCGGGGACGGUUCCGAAGACUGGAGGCCGGGCCAAGGUCAUCCUGCAGAAGACUCAGGCAGAGUGGACACUGUGAGAAAAAGACAGAGAGAAAGGUCUUCCUUUGCCGUUGGUUCACCCUCCAAUGGCCGCUGCGGCCGGCUCACCGCGCUGAUCCGAAGCCAGGAGCCAGCUCCUUUUAUCUUAAAGAAGUUGGACAGCAUAUGAAGAUUGGGCAUCACGCUUGGAUGCAUGAGAUGAGCCUGGUUACAGUUUCUACUCCUUUCUGCAAAUGAAUAGGCCCAGAAAGGUGGAUGAGACUCUGAUUGAAUGGACAUAAAAAUUCUACUUGUUAAGAACAAGUCUGGCUCUGGAAACAGACCUUCAUAGCUCAAAUCUAAAUCUACUUAGGAAGUAUGAGAGACGUGCAGUCCUGGUGUCCCUUCUGCUGUGACAGACCGUCUCCUGAAUGUCGGCUUCAGCGUAAAGAACGUCCAGCCCCAUUUUCUAGCAUGUGUGAAUUAUAAGGGAAUCCUGUCUGAAACAGCCCUGUCUCGUCAGUUGUUUCCGCUUACCUGUUUUAUUUCUGUCUCGGCAGUAUUUGUGCAGCGUCCCUUACAGUUAGUUACAUUGUAUGAAAGUCACACAGCCACAGUGACAUUUAAGCACAGGACCAGCAGUCUAUAUUUUUAAUAAAUGUAUCAAUUUU